CUGCCACCAAUUCGCAGCUCCACCAAACGGCUCGUCGCCGUCGCAGUCGCAGCCAUUUUUCUGUCGGUCUGUCCCCCGCGCGUGCCGCUUCUCACCUGUGCACCUCGCCGACUCCUCGGAUUUGUCAUAUUCGCCUGAGGUGGGCUCAGUCGCUGAGAGUGGCCACGGUGAGGAAGGACGAGGAAGAGGGGGCCGCGGACCGCGUGCCGCACCUGCCGUGGAUGCGGUACCCCGUCGAUAUCGACACCUUCUCUGGCUGCCCCGUCACACAGCUCCCCCGCCUCGACCCGAGGUUAGAGAGGUUUUUGAUGAUAUUGCUCCUAUGGUGGGCUUGUCAGUAGGUUCAGCAGUUGGUCAAUCAUCAAUAGCAGAUGAAGUUUCUAGUCUUGUCCCGAAGCCCAAACAAGAGUUUUACCCAACUAUUGACGAAGAAUAUGUCCAAAUGGAACCACAGACUAAAAUUGAUAUAUUGGUGGCAACCCCUGAAAGACUAAUGGAUCACAUUAACAUGACAAAUGGUUUCAGUCUGGAGCAUCUUCAGUACCUGGUCAUUGAUGAAACAGAUCGAAUGGUAAGAGAGGCUUAUCAAUCCUGGUUGCCAACAGUGAUCCAACUUACACACUCAAUUAGCCAAGGUCAUUCCUGGCAUGACAUUGAUAGCCAAACUCUACUUCAUCCAUUGACUUCUAUUAGAAGAUCGGGUGUGGAGCGUGUAUUUAAAGGUAAAUGCUAUCCAAGAUUGGGGAAGAUGGUUUUAUCUGCUACACUGACUCAAGAUCCUAGCAAGCUAUCACAACUUGAAUUGCACCAUCCCUUGUUGUUGAAUAGUGGGAAGAAGCGCUAUUGAAUUCCUACAAAACUUGAGUCCUACAAACUGGUUUGGCUCUUAUGUCUUUGUAGCUCAUUUACCUUAGGUGUAAAAUUACUAUUGGAAAGUGGAAACUCUGUUGUGCAUACUCACUCAGAUUUGGUCUAUGCUGUUAUUGCAGAUAUAUAAAUUAAACUUAAAACCACUCUCUCUCCUUGUUCUUCUCCAAGAACUGCAAGGGAAUAAGUGCUUAGUUUUACGUCAUCUGUGGAAUCAAGUCACCGACUAAGCACAUUAGCAGAGAUGUUCUCGCCAUCUCUCUUUAGUGUUGCGGGUGUUUAGUCUGAUGUUGCCGCUGUUUUUCUCGCUGUGCGUGCAGCACAUCCGCGUCGCGGCAUUUCAUCUCUUUCUCUGCACAUGUGGGUACUGCUAUUACUGUUGGUCAACAACGAACUUGACUAGAAGGGUGAACAUGUUGUUGUUGUAUAUUAUUUUACUUGAAUCUGUUUACGCCGAUCUGAAUGUCAAACACUGGGAGAUGAAUCGUCUGUCGGUGCUCUAUGGAGACGCGGACGGUCCGCGACCUGGACGCAGGAAUGACUCCUCUGCGUACGUUCGGACAAUCUACGCCUGGGGCUCGGACGGUCCGCAAUGGCGCAGAGGGUCAUCUUCUUUGCAGCAGGCUUAGAUCUCACUUCAAGGAAGGACCUUGGUCGGUAGGUCAUUCAAGACGUAUCUAGUCGAUGUAGAGCCGAAGAGGUUAAGAUUCGAGAUAGAGUAAAGCUAAAUUAGGACUACUCCUAAUGUAUAAGGUAAAAAUGAUAAAUAUGAUUGAUUGAAUCGAUUGUGGAGUUCAAUCGGCCGUAACCCUCCAUCUAUAUAAAGGGAAAGUUCUAGACCCGUUGCAAGCCGGUCCUCAAUUUAAUUCUGCCGUUUUUACUCACAAAUUCUGCAAACGAGGAACCGUUACGCUGACCGUCCGUACCACCACCGAAGACAGCCGCAACCAAAAGUGGUGCUCAACAACUGCGUAGCGUACAUGUUUCGUUAUGUGUGCUCCCCUCUCCAAACAGCUUUCGCCAUUCCUGCAACAGGCCGAUCCAUCUUGAUGAAUGGUACAGUUGGAGAAGUGCCCUUAUCUUCCUUGUGUGGCGUCCAUCAUUCACUGUGCGUUUAUGGCUGGAAGGAGGCCACCCAAAAGAAAAGGCUUAGCUACGUUCACCUCAAUAUAUCGGCACUCCCGUCACCUUUCAGUUAUGCUUUACGCUUGGAAUAUCCCUUUCCUGUCUUCGUCAGGCCCGGCGGUUUUCACUCAAUUAUUCAGCGACACUGAUUGGGAAAUUUCAGAGUAGCGGAUAAACUCAACUGAAAGCCCCCGUUUCCUUUUUUUUCCAGCUUCCAACAAAUCUUUUCUUUUCUUUUGUUUCCCCUGGGGGAGAAGAUCUCAUCUGCAUGCAUUAUUGCAUUCCUGCGGUCCAAUUCUACCAGACUACCUUGUACCUUCUCUUCUAUGACCUCUUCACCAGAAGUUCUCUGAAACCACGAUGAAAGAGAUGCCCCUUCGUUCAUUUACUUCACCAACAUAGGUGCAUCUCAUUUGGUGUUAAUUCUCGCAUUAUCUUUCGUCCCGUUGACCAGCUUUGCACUUGGCACUAUCCUAAUCUCAUUCCAUAAAAUGUGUACUCGGGCUGGUAUGUGAUAUGAAUAUGAUCCCUUUGGACCAAUAAUUUCGAUUCCUCCUCACCUAACAAAGAGCAGACACGACAGCUUCGCGACAAAUUUAGCAGAGAAGAAAAGCUGAGGACGCAGGAGCAGCUUGGCCCAAAAGGAGAGGAGGUAAAGAGGCACAGAAAAGCUACUCCUAUUUUACAAGAACAUGGAAAGAUGGGAGCUAAAGGUUGCUGCAUGAUUAAACAUCAUUUCUUAUAAACAAACAAAAGGAGGGAGAGAGGGCAGGAAAGGUAGCCCUGCUAGGCCACUUGGCAAUUCCAACCCUACAAGAUCUCCCUCCCUCCCUUCUGAACACACGACCUCUCAAGACAAGAUCACUGCUUACCGCCGGCACCGGCAUACUUGAUGGUCCUAGAACCAUCGUCGCCACCGGCACCACCACUGUCGUCGUGCAAGGGACCUCUAGCGCCUUCCACUGAGCCCACGGAGGGGCGGGGCAGGAGGGACGGCGGCGGCGACGACGACGUGGAGGAGGAGAUGGCCGAGGCCAAGGAGAUCGGCAUCAGGCACAGCCCCUUGCCCUGCAGGUACUGCAUGGCAGUGCCCAUGUCCUCCUCCAUCAGCCUGGCCACCUGUUGCUCCGUCACCCGCAGGCUGCUGCCGCCACCACCGUUAUCACCGUUGGUGGCACCAUCGCCGCCGUCGUCGCUUGUGCCGUUUCCGGCUCUGUCGUCGCCCUGCAACAAGGCUCUGAGUCUGAUUCCAUUGGCUUACACACAACAACAAGAGAACAAGAACUGAUCGCCACUCAUCAAGAUAAUAACGAUCACUCGUGGGAAUUUUGACCCUGAAUGCUUGAUCAGUAUACCAUGUAACCACUUCUACUUUUCAGGCGUGUUUUUUUUCUUCUUCCUUUUUGGCUCGAGUCCUUGGCAACAAAGAUUCCUACACACUUUCUUUUCAGCUGUGUUGGCCACUAAUGCUCGAUAAGUCCCCUAAGCAAAGUUAUAUAUGGGCCAUCUCCUUUUCGAUUUCGUGCAGAUGUCUGUAAGCAUGCUGCUUGCUUUUGG